AUGGCGCUUCCUUCGAAUUUUGAAACGUAUUUGGAAAGCUUCAAAGAAAGGCUUGACUCAAACGAUUUGGAGGACUUCAAAAAUACAACUUUUGAUGAGAUGCAGCGGACUAUUCUUCAAAUACAAUCGAAACAGGUAUCGGACCGUAACAAUCGCGGUCUGGCCCGGCUAGAGAAAUUUCUCAACUGCCUUCAGCGUUACGGUCACGUCAUCCAGAGGCUAAACCAGGGGAAUGAUAUUCUAGCAUAUAUAUGGGGACCGAUCAAGUUCCUCCUGAAGGCACGUUUUCUGUUUACUAAUAAAACAAGUACGCAUAAUAGGGCUUUCGAUCAACUUCUUAUUGCAUAUAAAGAAAUUGGAGAGGGCCUACCUCUUCUACCUGAUGGGGACCGAAUAUUCCAUUCCCAGCCUCACAUGAAGUUAAUCUUAUCCGACAUGUAUCAAAAUCUUCUAGAGUUUCACUCUAUUCUUUUAGACUAUUUCAAACAGCCAGACUGGGAAGGAGACUUCGACCAGACGUGGAAACGACGAAGAGAACGCUUCACGAGACAGAUCAACAAAAUUGCACAGGAUAAAAGCUUGCUUGAGAGUCAGGCUAGUCCACAAGAGCCCACAGAGGAGAACGUUUUGCUAGGCGAUUACUCGUUCAUGGACUACGCUGUUCUCUUUUGGCUCCCUCACUUAGAGGCUGGCGCAAUCUCAAGGAGUGUCUCCCAUGACACACAUAUGAUUGAACUUCAAGAGUCAUUGGGUGUCUUCAUUGAGCGGCAUUCGAAUCCAAACCGGAGCCGACUGACCCUAGCCCCACGUCAUAGUCAUAAACUGGAGUUCUUCAAGGAUGCGCCCUUCUACGAUCAACUGGAACAGGCAGUAGCUUCAACCAAAAAGCAUCUAAGACAAUUCGUACACCAAGACAAGCUUGUUUUAGAUCUUUUCGACAUUGUUAUCAAGGUUCGCAAUGUCCUUGAACAGACUUGGUCCAACACAACAGAUGAUGAAGUGAGCAUUCGGCAUCGGAUUGAAGAAAAAUACGGGAAGAAGGAAAGUCUUUUCAAAUGCGAAAGAUUCAAUUGCCAAUAUUUUACGGCCGGAUUCUCCACAAGCGGUACACGAGAUGAGCAUCUAAAGCAACAUUUACGGCCUUUUCGUUGCGCUGAUCUAAACUGCUACGGCUUUGUAGUGGGCUUUGUAACAGCCAACGCACGAGAUAUACAUAUACGACAAGUGCAUUCAAUGGAGAACCGAGCUGACAGAGAGUUUCCAACUUUGGAAGACGUACAAAGAAGUAUCCACGACCAAUCUAUUCGAGCUCAGCCCGUCGAAAACGUCAUCGCUUUAGAUGCGGGGGAGGGGCUAAGGGCGGAUGAAGCGGUGGAGGAGGUUGACGCCUCCGAUCCCGAAGACGACCGCACGAGACAACGCCAGAAAAGGCCUCGGCAGACAGGAUUCAAUUGCCCAGAUUGCGGUAAAGUAUUCUCGAAGAAAUACAACAUGGAAUCGCAUGCUACAAGUCAUGGUACUGAACGAAGAUAUGCAUGUCGGCAUUGUGGCAAAGCGUUUGCCAGAGAGAGCGAUCUAACCCGCCACGAGACUACACACAGCGGACGGAGAGAGCAUGUUUGCCGGGGCGUACUAAGAGACGGUACACGUUGGGGUUGUGGGAAGGCUUUUGCUCGUGCGGAGACCCUCAGAACGCAUCACAAGUCUACAGUGGGAAAGCUGUGUAUCGCACCGGUACUUCUGCAGCUACAAAGAGACAGCGAUCAGUUGCAUUAA